AUGAGGGCAGUGCAGCUCAGGUUGCGUCGAAUAUCAGGUAGCGUUUCUGAUCGUUUCCAAAGUGUUCAAAGGUAUAGGACAGGAGGCCUCGACGUCACACGCAGGUCCUAUGUGAGGUUGCCAGCUGGCCGAGAUGCCUCGCUCAUCCUCGAACCGUUCUUCCUCCACUUGAACGAGAGACCGUUGUCUCAGGAACUCCAGGUUAGAUGCAGUAGUACGGCUGUUGCUGCUGAAGAGCUUGGCGAGGCUGAAAAAACUCAUCCUGGCUCAUCAAACAAGCCGUGGAUCGCUUCUGAAGAAGUGCGACAAGGCAAUAGCACGGACACUCCAGAGCAGGUCAACACCAGUGGGCAGGAUGACCUAGCAGAAUCUACAGGGGGCAAUCCUGUUUUCGUCUUUCCAGUUUUCGAGGCAUUAAACCCAAGAUUAUACGUUGCGAGACUCCAGCGUUUCCUGCGCUCAGACGCUCAAACAGCUCGCUUUAGCAAUGGAUACAUGAGCGAUAUACUAUUGCCAAAAUUGGCGGCAGAUCUAAACCUGAAGAUCCUGUCCCUCCAGGAAUCUGAGCCAGGAUAUCGCAGUCAUGGCUACAACACUCUUUUGACAAAAGAACGGCCUGACUUGAAUUAUCAAGAGCUCGACCUGACCUUUGUGAACAAGAUCAUGAAUGACGCGAUGUCGUCGGAACAUUUUCUCGAGUAUUUUGAUGAGUUUGCGGCCCAAGCUCAUAGAUACCCCGACCUGUUUUGGCCGCACAAUCUACGGUUCUUGUCUAUUGCGUGUGGUGAGAAUGCCGAAGCGAUGCCACUACUUGAUCUGCUCAAAGGAGACGGUUCGCCUUUCACAGCAGUUGACAGCCUGGAUCCAGGUGCAUAUCCACGAGAAGUCACCCUGGUUAAUGAUCAUUUUGAAGUUUCAAUAACGAAUAAUAUUGCGUCUAGGGGACUGGUGCAGACUGUCGUGCUUGACUCUUUCCUGGCCUUCUGCAGAGCUGUUCAUCCUAAGAUACGACAACUGCAGAAAGGAUAUCUGAGUUUUGCUGGUCGUAUGUGGCAUCCGGCAGAAUUCUGCAGCAGAGCCGCACGUGCGCUCGGCUUUGGAAGACUCGAUUUCAAAGAGAACAUUCUUUAUGGCAUUACUACGGAAACUCCCAGGCAUAGCAAUGAUCUAUGGCAGACUGCUGUUAUUUUUGAGGACUGUCAUCAGAUUGGACCCAAAGUGACCUGGUUGCGCCAGAAGCACGCAAGGAUCUUGACCUUGACGCAUCUUUCCGUCAAUCUCAAAUCACGCCUUCAAACUGCAUACGCAAAACACGCGAUUACCGCCGCGGAAUAUGGGCCCCUUGCUCGCUUCUGGGACGAGGAUGUACCAGGUCACUCAGCCACAGCCUCGUCAGACACGUUGACAGAUGGAGAGCAACCUCACGCAGAAGCAUUAAGUGUCCACACGGUCACUAUCGAUGACCAAACUCUAUCAAGGAUGGUUGAGCUGUUGAGAGACCUCAGAAGACUGAAUUUUGAAGCACCAAACCAGUGGCUUCCAGCUUAUGAUGGGCCAGAACUCCCAAAGCCGGCCAAGUCGAUACGACGUCAAGGUAAGUAUGGUCGAUCCGUGCGUGAUGACGUCCGCAGGAAGGAAGGACGCCAUAACAUUCCUGUCAAGGUUACGCUCCCAAUUGCAGAAGCACAACAUCACAAGAUCAUUAUCGAUGCAACCCGGGACCAUGGUUUGAUUGUUAUCAGAGCCGCUACUGGCUCUGGUAAGACGACACAGGUCCCCCAGUUUAUCCUUGAUGAGCUCAACGAAAAGGGUAAGAGACAGGGGCGCAACGUUGUCGUUACGCAACCUCGAAGAGUCUCUACAGUCUCUGUAGCCCGCCGUGUUGCGGAGGAAAGGCGUCAGAGACUGGGGUAUGAAGUGGGCUAUCAGGUUCGCUGGGAUGACCAGUCGCCAGUCGUGCGUCAUGGUAUCACUUACAUGACUAGUGGCUACCUGCUUCGUUUAUUCGAGCAGCAACCUCGGACAAUAUGUCUGCGCUUUUCACACAUCGUUCUUGACGAAGUUCAUGAAAGAGACAUUGAUACUGACUUGCUUCUCACUGCAUUGAAGAACCUAAGAAGGAAUCCACCGCCAGGAGUGUCCAGGCUUCCAAAGAUCAUUCUGAUGAGUGCUACCAUCGACCCAGCCUUCUUUAAGUCGUUCUUCGCUCGAGACGAACAAGUGCCACCUUCUAUGGCGUGCAUCGAUAUACCAGGAAGAAGCUUCUCAAUAACGACGACACUUCUCGAUCAGUGGCUCCCUAAUCUUAGGCGAAAGUAUCCCUCGGUUGACUUGUUCGAUGACAAAGUGCUAGCAUAUAUAGAGGCGCAGAACCACAUCAACACAAAAGUCCCAGCUGUCGCAGAUGCUCGGAAGUCGGAAAGCACCAACGACGGGGAGAGCUUGGACGAAGAGGUAGAGGCACUUGAUGACCAUCUUAUGGAUCCCGUGCGGGACAGUCUCGGGACAAUGUAUGUUCCUCUACCUUUGCUUGUACUGACGAUAGAUUCGUUACUUAAAAACAGCCAGGAGGGCGAUAUCCUUGUCUUCCUGCCCGGCCUGGCUGAGAUUGAGGCGCUCGAGAAGCUUUUGAAAGGUGGUACCCCAAAUAUCGACUUUAGCGAUACGGCCAGGAACAGGCUCUUCAAACUUCAUUCUGCACUCUACGGCUCCAACUACGAGGUUUGGAAGCCAGUGCCUGAGAACUGUCGCCGAAUCGUGUUGGCAACAAACAUCGCAGAGACGUCAAUCACGUUGCCCAACGUCAAGUACGUUGUCGAUACUGGUUAUUCGCGUCAAAAUCACUUUGACCAAUCGGCUCAAGCAGGCAACUUUGGGACUCGGUGGAUUAGCAAAGCGGAGGUUGCUCAAAGGAAGGGACGAGCUGGGCGCACCCAGUCCGGUGAAUAUAUCGCAAUGUUCUCCCAGGCACAAUACGAUGCCAUGCCAGCUGAGCCUUCGCCCGAAAUGCUUAGGGCAUCUCUAGAUUCGGUAGUCUUACGAGUUGAAGCAGGCAGGGUUUUCGACACGAAGACGAACUGUAACAAGAAUGACAGAGCAAAGCCUGGUAGUAUCCUAGAAUCAGCACCUUCGCCACCUAGCGCCCUGAACGUGAGUGCAGCAGUCCAGCAAUUGACCAGCCUUCGAGCCCUCAACGACGACGGAUAUCUGACGGCGAUGGGGUCAAUACUUAGUCACUUGCCAAUACGUCCGUUCGCAGCUAAAUCUGUUUUAUUGGGAAUUAUCUUCCGCUGCUUAAGCCCUUUGUUACUUGUUGGCUCCGUGCGGGAGGACUGGCCGCUCAUUCAUAAUCCUGAUGCCUCUUCGGCUUCUGGCAGGGCGCGCAAGGCUUUUGCUGGAUCUUCAUGUGAUGAUCGUCUGGCUGACGCGAAAGCCUUUUCCGCUCUUAAUGACGCUUUACGAGAACACGACGCGGUUGAGGUGGACAGACUGUGUAACUCUCAGUACAUAAGACGAGAUACCUACCACGAAAUGGCACGUAUCAGUACCCAAGUUUACGAAACAUUGCUCCCUCUCCUGAACGUUGAAAACAACAACCAAGGUGUGCUGCGGAACAAGGAGUCGAAUCUCCUUCAUGUUCAGCCACCACCAGCUCUCGACACCAACAGCACCAACGACGAUCUCGUCAAGGCCUUGCUACUCGGUUCGUCUGGUUCUCGCCUUGUUGCCUGGGAUCGUAAAUUUUGGCUCUCGUCGCAAGGACAAAAAACCAUGGCUACCCCACGCAGUGUCAAUCAUGGUAGCCUGAGGAUGGACAGACUUCUGCAUCGCUUGCGACAAGAGCAAGGAGACAUUCUAUCUUACACAUACCUACGAAUAGUCCCAGGUGAUAAGUACCCUUGGGCAUGUGAAACAUCUGUGGUCUCGUCAUUGUUAGGGAUGCUUUUUGCAGAAUCUCUUCGUCUUGAGAACGGUAAUAUCCUUGUCAUCAACGAUUGGAUACGGUACGAGAUCAUUUCGGACGGGAACAACGAUGCCAACAAUAACGUUCGUGCAGCCAAGAUAAUUCUUGAGUACCGCAAGGCUUUGGACCGCUUCAUUGCAUAUGCUAUGUCAAACGUGGCUCUCAGGCCUCGGGAACUGCAAGCUGUGAUAGACGGAAACCUCAAGAACGAUGACUUCAAUGUUUUCUUCAAGGAGGCCGACCAUCCAUUGAGAGAGGCCGUUGUAGACAGUGUCAUCGAGAUCCUUGCUCUUGACUCACAGAACCGUAGGAUACGAGCUGAGCAGCGCAGGCAGAAAAUGCAUGCUAGUGCGAUAGAAGGAUCAGAACGUGAAAAGUGGUUGUCGGGGAUACAGGGAAAGUUGUAA